AUGAAUAGGACGCCACUGUUAUGGGCUUCAUCCACGGGAAAUGUUGAAGUGACAAAGGUGCUGCUCGAUACAGGAAGAGUCGAUCUCAACUGCACUGAUGAUUAUAAUCAGACGCCAUGCUGGUGGGCUGCAGUCAGCGGCCAUGAGAGCAUUUUGCAACUCCUUUUCGCACAGCGCGGGAUAGGUAUCAACGUCAGAGAUUCUCGACAUGGACGGACACCGCUGGCAUGCGCUGCGAGGACUGGGAACGAGUCCAUUUUUCAGUUGUUACUUGCAAAGCGCGGGGUUGACCUGGAGUCCACAAAUCUAUAUGGUCAAACACCUCUAUCUGAAGCCGCUGAGGAAGGCCAUGCAGCUAUAGUGGAACAGUUGCUUUCAAAGAAGGGCGUCAAUGCCAAUUCCAAG